GAGCCCGCCCGCGUUACUGGAACUCUCGAGGUCUACCAUUUUGUUAUGUGCAUCAAAGUCCCAAUAUCUUGUCGUGAGUCCAGCCACCCCCGCGCCGUAAGAUGAUUUUAUCGCCCGCGAUCGCGUUAGACACAUGAAGCCCAAACAGGAAGAAGAAUUAAAGGAAAUGGUGGGGGGCUGCUGCGUUUGUUCGGACGAGAAUGGCUGGACGGAGAACCCUUUGGUGUACUGCGACGGGCAGGGUUGCACGGUCGCCGUUCAUCAAGCAUGUUACGGCAUAGUCACGGUGCCGACGGGAGCCUGGUUCUGCCGGAAAUGUGAGAGUCAGGAGCGAGCCGCGAGGGUUAGCUCAGGCGGGAGGCGCAUUUUUUCGCAGAGGUGCGAACUGUGCCCGAGCAAAGAUGGAGCGCUCAAACGGACCGAUUCUGGCGGCUGGGCGCAUGUGGUGUGUGCACUUUACAUACCCGAGGUCCGGUUUGGGAACGUCACUACAAUGGAACCUAUCAUGCUCCAGCUUAUACCUCAGGAAAGGUUUAAUAAGUCAUGCUAUAUUUGCGAAGAAAGUGGAAAGGAGAGUAGAGCAACGAUAGGAGCUUGCAUGCAGUGCAAUAAGUCAGGCUGCAAGCAACACUUUCAUGUCACCUGUGCACAAUCUAUGGGCCUACUGUGUGAGGAAGCAGGGAACUACCUAGACAACGUGAAGUACUGUGGUUAUUGCCAGUACCAUUUUUCGAAGUUGAGAAAAGGAAGUCACGUGAAAACCAUCCCCCCUUAUCGCCCAGUCCCCCACGAGGCCGGAGGGUCGGACGAGGAUAAAGGAACCGGAGAUGGCAGGGACCCCAAGUUAAAGAAGAAGACUGGGCGUCCGCCGGGCGCCAUAAAACCUUCCGGUCGUGAAGGAACGCCCGGUGGCAGCUCAUCCGGUCCCCCAGGGGUGUCGGACCGGCAGGAUAGAGGCCACAUAUCCUCUUCCGAAAGUACCUCCAUCACCCCCGGGAGCUCGGGCCUCGUGCUCUCGAGUUCUGUGGUCAAUAACAAGACGGAGGGGUUGUCGAAACUUCCCGAUCCGAGUUCUGUGAACAGUGCUUCCUUGACUGUUGCUGUAACUAAGCUCAAUCCUUCUGCCACACUCAACACAUUCACGUCAUCGAGUUCGUCGUCGUCCCACUCUCUUCCAACUUCUUCCCACGCUCCCACAUUUACUACCUCAUUGUCAUCGUCAGUGUUGACAACAUUUUCUCACAUAACCUCCUCGACAACAUCGCCGUCAACUACCUUAACGUCGUCGUCAUCCAAUUCGCUUACCUCCACACACUCGAGCAUCAUAACCACGGCGUCGUCGUCCGUCGUGACGACUGCGCCGUCACCCUCCCGAGCUAAAACUGCGGAGCCUCACCCACACACUACAGGUAGUACGCCGCACGAAAGCCCAAACCAGGCUUCCGUUUUGCCAAAUCAGAAUUCGAUAACGGACGAAAAAGAUAAAGACAAACAGCAGGAGAGAAACCGAAAGUUGAGAAGAAACGGACCGAGAACUCCAAGUGGUAACAGUAACUUUGGUGAUACAGAGUCCAUCGUUUCGAACGAGGAUACACAAAGUAGUGAUUUAGUGUUGAAUAUCUGUGAAGAAAAAAAUUUAAGUGCAGAAAAAGAAUCAAAUAAAAUCUCUAGUAAACCUCCUUUAGACUCCUCGGACGACGGUGGAAGUUUGAACGUUCAGUACACCCCAAAUAUAUCGUCGUCCAAAGGGACCUCGGACCCAUUCACACCAACAGCAUCAGACUUUGCCUCUAGUGAGCAGGGAAAGAGAGGGAGAUCUAAUAGCCAGGAGAGAGGUCGGAGAGCGAAACGCGGCAUUGGGAAGAGAGGUAGACCUGGAGGUGGCCGUGAGAGCGGAGGGCGGGACUCCGGAGCGUCGUCGCCCGAUUCCUUCACUUCAGAGUCGGCGCCGAAGAGGGGCCGCAAGAAAGGAGAUAGCAAAGAGCCGCUGUCUACAGUCAUCACGAACGGAGUAGGUGCCAACACAUUGCUGCUCGGCAAUCAACUCAAUCCGACCUCUGCCGACGCUCAGAAAAUGACGGACACGCUUCAUGCUGAGUUAGAAGCACAUUCCAUCUACAAGGAGGAAGAUAAGAUAUCCACGUUACUCGUUGGUCCGUCGUUACCAGGAAAGAAGGAGAACGCAAAUGGGAGUAAUGGAACGGCCUCUUCCCAACCUCCGCCUUUUCCGCAGAGCUUGGAACAACUCCUAGAACGUCAGUGGGAGCAGGGAAGUCAGUUUUUGAUGGAACAAGCUCAACAUUUUGACAUCGCAUCGUUGUUGUCCUGUUUGCAUCAGCUGCGGGAGGAAAACGUCCGGCUGGAGGAGACCGUCAGCUCCCUCAUAGCCCGCAGGGAUCACCUCUUGGCCGUCAAUGCGAGGCUUUCCGUACCGCUCAAUUCUCCUACUCUCGGAAACAGCUCGUCUUCGGGCGGCAGUUCAAACGCCUCGAACACGCCGGCGCCCGCCACUUCUUCCUCCUCCUCAUCCAUAACUCCUGCACCUCCGCCAUCGUCUUCUGUUCCUAGUCACGGUGGCAGUACAAGGCCUCCGAGUAGUGGGUCCGUGCCUGCACCCCCUCCCCCAAGGCCACAUUCUCAGGGACAUCACCCAACUGUUUCAGUCGGAUGUACACAAAUGCUGAACGAAGCAAUUUCAACAGUGGCGGGACGUCGACGGCAUCCCGCAGCUUCAGAGCACCCACACGGGGGCAGCCAUAGUGGUGGACCAGUACCACCUCCUGGCACUGGAGGGGGACACCGAGGCACGUCCCCUCAUGACAGGAGAGGCCCCUCGCCCCACGACAGGAGAGGAACCUCCCCUCAUGACAGACGCGCCCCGCCCUCUCAGAUGCCUGUAGAAAAUGGCUUGGGGGAGCCCGAGUACAGGUACAGGAGCCCUGGAACCGAACACCGACAGCAGUCCCCGAUGCUGCCUCCGGGCGCUCAGCCAAGUCCAACGUUAAGACACAGUCCUGCCAGUGGAAAUUAUCACACAAGUGUGUCCCCCCAUGGUGUGGCAUCCUUGAGUCCUUCAGGUGCUCCCCACAGCCACCCAGCUGCAGGGCACGCUCCUCCCCCACCGGGUCACGGACCUCCAACCCACGGACCCCCAGGCCAUGGGUCUCCACACGGCCCGCCUCACGGACCCCCGCACGGUCCGCCUCCCCCGAUGGUCUCUGUAGCCCAUAGCUCCGCUCACAGCGUGGCCAGUAGCCGGCCCUCGGAUCACCGGGGCGAGCUUGUGAGAUUACACACGGGUCCUCCCCCGCAACAUCCGGGGCCUGCCAUUGGGCCCGGCGGCUACCCUGUUUACCAAAUGGUGCCGGGGCCACACCACUCCCCAGUACAACCCAUGAAUCAGCCUCACCCACCACCUCAUGCUCAAGUGAUGCGGCAGGACUCGGCUCGGGCAGCUCACGGUCCAAUGGAGAAGAGAUGACAGCGAGACUCGUGGGCUAGAACCAGGAGGUAGUGAACGCCUUUUCCCACAACACUCCUCUCCCCACCGAGGGACUACAGUGCGUGUUUGUGUGGCUCUAAGCUCAUAAGAAUCUUAAAACUAUUCCCAACUGAAAAAAUGAAAAUAAAGAACCAAAGAUGACAACGAUUGUGCGUGGGUAUGUGAAAACACUUUGAAAGCAUUCUUGGGAAAGUCUUACCAGUUUCAAGUCUUGUGGUUCUCAAGUAGUUGUACCGUGACUUCUCUGCCGGUGAAUAGUACUGUGUUUAAGCACUUGAAAGUAUCUACGUGAUCAUACAAACAUUGGUCGUAGAAUAGGAGAGAGAGAGAGAUUGAGACAAAAAGGGUUUUUGAGUCUCGUGACUACCAUUGUUUCUUGGACUGUUUCACUUGUAAGUGUUAAUCAUUAGUUAAUGUCUACUGAUACAACAAAGUUGGGGCCCAGUUUCAGCACGGCGAACGCGUCGGAAUCGUUUAAAUCUCACACACACACACUCGAGAGAGAGACAUUUGCAGCAACAGCAGUCUUUUGGGACAUGCCAUAGUGUUUUGACAGAGAAGCAUAAGGAACAGGACUUUUCACCUUCUUGUUCUUUGUCAAGAUGUUUGCAAGGGCAAAAGUACAAAAUGCCAUUUAGUCACCUAGUGAUCUGCUACCACUGUGAAUACGUCGUCGUCAUCUUUCGAGGUGAAACGUCAAUGUUUAAACAAGUCUCCCUCUACUUUUUGCAGAGUUGGGGAGUAAAUUAAGAAUAUGUGAUUGUUGUUUUAUUUUUCCCUUCUCUACAUCCCUUUGAAUUCCUAGUUGAGAAUUCUCUAUACAGUAUAUAUAUAUAUAGACAUUAUAGAUUUUGUAUCUGAAGGAAAUUCAGUGUCCAUGUCCUUUUCGAGGCUGGUUUUUGUGAUGGAAUUCAAAAUGUCCAAAUGCUGUGGUUGACCAGGAGACUGAGAGUCCAAUUUAUUAUAUCGUAAUUUUAGCACCUCUACAUUUUUAGGGUUUGUAAUAUAUUACAAAAGUGGGUGAGUUUUAUUGAAGGUUGGUAAUGACAGUGCAAAAUACUAUUUGGGGCAAAGUGUGUAAAUAUGUUCAGAGCCUUCCAGUUUGUUAUUUUUUAUUAUAUACCGAAAGCUGAAAACUUGUGGUACGAUUUUGGGAUCUACAAUGAAAUUGAGAAAGGAAAAUGAUCCUUUUAGACAGAUGGGGUUGAGAGUAACACCUGUUUAUUUUGUGUUGGUGCUUUACUUUGAUUUACUUCAUUCUGUGCAAAGUCUUGAUGUGGCUAUGCCCUUUAUCAUUAUUUAUUCAUUGGCAAAGAAUACUGUUAUCAGUUGUCUCGUCUUGAUAACUGUGAAUUGCUGAUUUAUCUCCAUUGGGUUUCUCAUACCUUGGUUACUUUUAGUACAUUAAUGAAUCACUUCCCAUUUCAUGUAGUGUGUCUCAUUGGUUCUUUUCUCUUCUUUACUGUAUACUCCUUGUUUGUGAAGAUCUUAACAUUUGUACUGUAUUCAUAUUUUUACGUUUGAUAUAAUAGUACUCUAUGAUGAACUUUUUUUUUUUUUUUUUCGUACUCUGCCAUCUGCUUUGUAUGAUUUUGGAGAGGACUUGUAACUUUGAAUGCCGGUGGACACUGUAACUAUAAGCUUGAUUUGGUACAAACUUGUAUUAGAGUUCUAAUUCAGCUUCUUCAAUUUAUUUAGAAGAACUUUAGGUGUAACUCAUUUCCCAAUGUUGCUCGAUUUAGGAUACUUUUCUCAGAGGAUAUUCCUUGUAGAAUAACAAGUAUGUUCCUUGUUACAGUAAAUGAAUCGGGAGUGGAAGUCUCAUUAUCAAAAGGCCACACUGGAUUUAUGUUGUCGAGUGUUGUGUCGGGAGGUCAAAGAUUGGGAUAAAAUUUCAUAUACAACUUUGUGUUUGUUCAAGAGUUGAAAAUGUUUUACUAGCCGCAGUCUCUGCACUAUUGAGCGUCUCCAUUUUUUACUGUUCAAUAAGUUGUCAACGUAAUGUUCGUGUACUUUUGUCCGUGCAUAUGUUUAUCAGGCUCCAAACAUGUACAUCUUCAGUAGUCACAUGGUUUUUUCUGGGUAUUUGAUGAAAAGUUUACUUUGUGUCGGGUGCAUAAACAAGAUUUCAAACGAAUGUCCCAUUUCUUUGUACUUUGCCACUGGUGCUCGUGAAGUAAAUACUGUCUGGCCUCCAUUGUUUUGACUUCUGUAUUCUCUUUGAUCCACUCAAUAAAUUUCAACUUGCUGGAACUUAAUUUACACAGAUAUAUGUCAGUGAGCCUCUAGGCUGCAGAAGGGAUUUUUUUGUGAAGGUCAAGUAAUGGUAUUAGUCAGGCCUUGCUAAGAUUAAUGAGAAAUACUAGGUCGAUUGUGAUAAAGCUUACACAGUAUUUUAGCAUGUCAGUGAGAUUGAAGAGACGUUUUGCAGAAUGCUGUACGUACGAAACUUACGGUCUCUUAUGCAUUGGUUUUUUCUACAAACAGUUCCCCUCGAAACUUGUAUACUGUUAUUUUGCAUUGACAGUCCAGUUUUGUCCUAUAUAUUUCUUUGAAUUUAUUUUUGUUUUUUCACUCAAAAUGGAACCUUAAUUGACUUGGUUGAAGUGAUCAUCACAUUUUGAAUCUGUAAUCCUAGGGAUUGUGUUCGUUGGCUGGUAACGCAACGUAACGUUUAUUUUUGCAAGUUCUCUUGAAUCAAGAUGUCUUUCAUAAAAUAGAAGCAUUCACCCCUCCUUUAAUGUCUUGCAGCUAUUAAGUCUCUGAGUAUAUAUAGUCUUACAAACUUACAAACACUGUUAUAGAAAUGUAUCUAGUUACGGCCAAUCGUUUAGUUUAUACAUAGCCAUUACAGUUUUGCGCAGCAUCUUGUACAGGUACGAACGAAGCCCCUCCUAGAGAAAGUAGCUCCUUAUUUAUUUUCCACUUCGUACGAUGCGUGACGUAAGCAGACGAGGGCUUUUCAGAAACUCGUGAGUCUUUUUCUUGUAGAUGGAAUCUGUCCCAUUCUUCUAAGGAAAUCCUGGAAUAGUAAUUUACAUGAAAUAGUAUGUUGACUUUGGAAAAAAAUUUAUUUGCAGAAAAUUGUGUAAAUCUUUAUUGAAUAAAAUUAUUUUAAGAGGU